AUGGAGUGCACAGGACAAAAUUCCUCACUGGGGAACCACACUGCAUUGGUGGAAUUUAUACUGAUUGGGUUUUCUGAUGUUCCCAACUUUCAAGAAUUACUUUUUGGUGUAUUUCUGAUAAUUUAUGUCUUUAUUCUUAUGGGAAACAGCCUCAUUAUCUUGUUAACUAAGGUUGAUACUUCACUGCAGACCCCCAUGUAUUUCUUCCUUAUGAAUUUUUCAAUGUUGGAAAUAUGUUAUGUGUCUGUUACAGUCCCCAGGUUAUUAAUAGAUCUCUGUAGACAAUAUGGAAAUAUUUCCCUGCUGGCUUGUGCUAUUCAAAUGUUCUUAUUUUUGAUCUUGGUAGACACUGAGUGUUUUAUCCUCACUGCCAUGGCUUAUGACAGGUAUGUGGCCAUCUGUAGCCCACUACUCUACCCUGUCAUCAUGAACGAUAGGCUGUGUAUUCAGCUGGCAGUUGCCUGCUGGACCACUGCUGUUCCAAUGCAUACAAUGUUCAUCUCUGUGCUUUUCUCUUCAACCUUCUGUGGAUGUAACCAGUUGAAUCACUUUUUUUGUGAUGCACCUCCAGUUGUCCAGCUUAUUUGUGGGGAUGCUUUCAGGGUUAAAAUGUUGUUGUAUAUGAUUACUGCCCUUGUCGCUAGUAUCCCUUCAUUUCUGAUAAUUGCAUCUUAUGUGAAAAUAGUCUCCGCCAUCCUGAAGCUGCCAUCAGCCACUGGGAGAGCCAAGGCCUUCUCCACUUGCUGUUCCCACCUCACGGUUGUGACUUUGUUCUUUGGCUCGGGCAUCAUUGUGUAUUUUAAGUCUAUGACUGGUCGUUUGACAGGAAUUGACAAAUUCCUUUCUCUAUUUUAUACUAUCUUGAUACCAAUGUUAAAUCCCAUUAUCUAUUGUCUGAGAAAUAAAGAUGUUAUGGUGGCCUUGGGGAAAUUCCUGCAGAAAUGGAAUGUCCUGUGA